AUGUUUUAACAAAACUAAGUUAUUUAUCAAUAAAUCCUUAGUAACAAAAUCCAGUAUAACAACAUCGGGAUUACAAUGUUCCUCCCCCAGCUCCGAGGUAUCUUAGAGAAGAGCUACUUGAGAAUUAAGAGCAGAAUUUAGAUUUGGGUGGUUGAUAUUAGAAUUAUCUUUAUAAUUGCAGUAUGUCCCUGUAAUCCAUUUGUUGAAUAUCCUUAAAUCCAAGUUGAAUAGAGUUUAGUUGGAGUGUACUUGAGUUUUGGAAAGUAUAUAAAGAUAGUUCAACCUGGAUUGAUAUACAUAAACCCUUGCACAGACACAAUAUAGAAGAUGAUCGAUUGUCCAAGAUAAUAAGUUAUGACAAAGGAUAAUAUUUUGGUUAACAUUGAUUCCACAGUUUACUAUAGAAUGGUGAUACCUCGAAGAUCAAUCUUUACAUAAAUGGCUUGCAUUAGGCAGUAACUCAAGCAUUGCAGGGUCUCAUACAUUGUAGGAUCUCUUGGAGAAGAAAGCAAAGGUGCAACAAUUAAUAGAAGGUUAGCGGAUUAGUAUGUAUGGGAAUGGGGAAUAGACAUAGAGAAUAUGUCGAUCAAGGAUAUUCAAUUGAAUGCCGAUUUGUAGAACAUUUUGUCAAUGGUAGCAAAAGAGUAGAGAGCUGCUUAAGCCAAGGUGAUUUCAGCAUAAGGAUGAUGUGCAAUCAGCCAAAUUGAUGAGGCAAGCAGUAGAGUUGUUGGAUUCUAUGGCAGCAAUGCAAAUUAAAUAUUUAGAUACUAUAACAACAUUGGGAUAGUAGGGAUCAACCAAGGGUGUGUUGCUCCCUACGAAUUCUAAAUGAUUAAUUUAUAUAUAU